AAACGUCAGUCCUGUAGGACUGCUGGAGGCGGCCACAUCGCCAUGUUGAACGAAGUCAUCCUACUCAGUAGAGAGCUACUCGUGAAAUAGCAGUUCUAAAGAUCAGAUAUUAUUAAUUUAAGAAAGGGCACGUCGUCGAGAUCGCCCUGGCAAGCAGAGACGAACUGGAUCCUCGGACACCCCGAGCGGGGAGGGGGAACAACCCCCCUACCUUCAGCAAUGAAGACAAACCCCAAUAAGCGCUAGCUAGCUAACGUUAGCUUGCUACUGUAUCAAUAAGCUAGCUAGACUGUUAGCUAGCUAGCUAAAGCUUUCUGUCUGAACUAGCUUUUCCGCCACCGGCAACUUGCUCGUUUAGGGCCUGCUGCUGGCGCAACUUGCUGGCUAGCUACAUUUUAUACGCGUUAUUUUUAAGCUACCAGUCUACAUAGCUAGCUAUUUCUGUAAAUAGUCGCCUUUGGUUUUUCUUUCUUUUUUUUUGCAAUGAGUUUGCCGCAGAAAGCGGUGCCGAAGUCAGCCGCUCCCGCCGUCGCCGGACCUGGACCCGGGCCGGCUAACUCCUCUCAGCUGCGGACUCCGCUAGCCACAGUGCCGCUGCCGGGGCCGCCGCUCGCCCAGCAGCCUCCCCCGGUACCACCAACGCAAGUUUUCCUUAAUGCGUUGCACCCCAGGAUCCCCAGAGUGCAGCCGCCGCUGGACGAGCGAAUCUUCUCCACACAGCCCGGCGUUGCUGCCGUCUACAGUGUCCAGAGACCCCCUGGCCCUCCCUACACAGCCCAUGAAAUCAGCAAGGGACACCCGAACCUUGCGGCCACACCGCCGGGCCACGCCUCCUCGCCCGGCCUUUCUCAGGUAUCAGUUUCCACAGUAUCCACUGCGCAUCUGUAUGGCCACCCUAAAGCCUGGGAGGCAGGAGGAGGGUCGCCAUACACGGCGGGUCAGAAUGCCGGUACAGCCCCGCUGGUCUACUCACCACAGACGCAACCAAUGAACGUCCCACCUCAAAGCCGCCCGUUUGCCCCAGGGCCUCGUCCUACCCAUCACCAGGGAGGAUUCAGACCCAUUCAGUUUUUCCAGAGGACUCAGAUGCAGCCUCCACGGCCCACCAUUCCAAGCAACAGCCCUUCAAUUCGACCUGCCUCUCAGGCCCCAAAUGCCACUGUAUACUCGCCAAGCCCGCCCAUCAUGAUGUCCAUGACGCCGAUGCCCUUCGCUUCCCCCCAGGCUGCCCAGUACUACAUACCCCAGUAUCGCCACAGUGCUCCUCCAUAUGUGGGGCCUCCUCAGCAGUACUCAGUCCAACCCACUGGACCCAGUACCUUCUACCCCGGACCUACUCCUGGAGAGUUUCCUCCAGCAUAUCCUGCGGGGACUCCAUACUAUCCUGGUCAGACCAUGUACCCCCCGUCUCCAUCCAUAAUAGUGCCUACACCGCAGCAACCUCCACCUGCCAAGAGGGAGAAGAAAACAAUCCGUAUCCGAGACCCUAACCAGGGCGGCAAGGACAUCACCGAGGAGAUCAUGUCAGGAGUGGGUGGGAGUCGGAACCCCACUCCGCCAGUGGGACGGCCCUCCUCCACCCCUACUCCUCCACAGUUUUUAUGUCCACACCCUCAUUAUCCUCACAUUUUCUACCUCAAAUCCCAGCAGCUGAACCAGGUAGUGGAACAUGGGCAUGUCAUCUAUAAUGUGGACAGUGCCCAGGUCCUCCCUGCUCCUGUCGACUUGAAACCAGAUGACAAGCCAAAGCUUGAGAGUGCUGUACUAAAAUCUUCAUCACCAGGACUGCGUGCUGUGGAGCCUCCCGUGCAAAGGCGAGAGCCUAGCAGCCCUGCCCCUGACCCACAUCCCCCAGAGAAAUCAGAGCUUCCUCCCUCAGACCCAGAAGUGGCCCAGAGUGUAGUUCCAGCCUCAGUUCCCUCUCUCAGCCCCUCCAAGCCCAUCUCAGCAGUGGAUACAGCAGAAAAGCCCACACCUCCAGCAGAGCCCAGUCCUGCACAAGCUGUCACACCAGAGCCAGAUAAACCAGAGCCUGAGCAAGUGCUACCAGAGGUGCCAGCUUCUGCUGCACAGGCUGUAAAAGCCGUCAAUGGGUUGGCUGAAACAGACACCGCUCCUCCUCAUGACGACUCAGAUUUUCUACCCCUGUCCCAAUCAUCCACAGAGCCCAGUACUAUCGUGGAGACAUACAGUUUGGAUGUGAAGGCUGCAAGUCCUCCAGCUUUGGAAAUUGUUUCUUCAGGCACUAUGACCCCUUCCCUGCCCACCACCAUCGCUGCUGCUGCUGCUGCCGUUAGUGCUGUUCCCGCACCUCCUCCAGGUCUCACUCACCCAGGCCAGGCUCCUGUAGAGGCAGGUCCAGCCCAGACAGCCUCGACUGGGCCAGAGCUCAGAGAUGCUGAAAAAGAGGUAGAGGUUGCCCUGGAAGAGAAGGUGGAGCCCACAUUACAAUCCAACCUUAGACAAAGUUCAAGUCAAGUUACAUCUAGUGUACCAAAGACCUGGAAAAAGCCAAAAGAGGAUGCUCUUGUGGAGCAGGCCCAGUGUCCUGACAAAGAGGAUAAGCCUGAACCAACUGUAGAAGCUACAGUUGAGAAUUCCAGCCUGUCGUCUGUGGCUGUGGAGCAUCGGGCUUCAGCUGAAACACCAGUAGAAGAGAAUGGAGAGCAGGAAGCAGAGCCGCUGAAGAAUGGACCCGAGCACAGCUCUGAGGCUGAAAGCAGCGAUGGAGUCCUCACACCUGCACUCGAAGAGCCCAAUAGCAACACAAUUCAGAAGCCGGAGCUGAAGAAUGGGAAGAGGCAAUACAAUAGAGACUUUUUGUUGGGCUUCCAGUUCAUGCCUGCCUGUGUGCAGAAGCCAGAGGGGCUUCCACCCAUAUCUGAUGUGGUACUGGACAAGAUAAACCAAAAUAAGCUGCCCCUACGGCCGGACCCACGGGGGCUCAUCUCCAGAGGCCCAGACUUCACCCCAGCCUUCGCAGACUUUAGUAGGCUGAUUCCUGCAGGGAGAGGAGCACCGCUACUGAAUGUAGGUCUGAGACGGCCUCCUCCACGCAAGAUCAUCAUGAAUGUGUCUGUGAAUGAUGAGGUACAGCUGAAGAAGGCUGAGAAUGCCUGGAAGCCUGGCAUGAAGAGAGAGAACACCACAGAGGACCCCGAGACCCAGAAAACUCAGGAGCUUUUCCGGAAGGUGCGGAGUAUCCUUAAUAAACUGACGCCACAGAUGUUUAGUCAGCUGUUGAAGCAGGUGACAGACCUCACCAUCGACACAGAGGAGCGCCUUAAGGGCGUCAUCGACCUGGUUUUUGAGAAAGCCAUUGAUGAGCCCAGCUUCUCUGUGGCAUAUGGCAAUAUGUGUAGCUGUCUGGCUACGUUAAAAGUGCCCAUGGCAGACAAGCCCACCAGCACUGUGAAUUUCCGAAAGCUGCUGCUAAACCGCUGUCAAAAAGAGUUUGAGAAGGACAAAGCAAACGAUGAUGUCUUUGAAAAGAAACAGCGGGAACUGGAAGCAGCUGCCUCAACCAGUGAGCGUGAGAGGCUACAGGAGGAGCUGGAGGAGGCUAAGGACAAAGCCCGCAGAAGAUCCAUUGGUAACAUCAAGUUCAUCGGGGAGCUAUUUAAGCUGCGAAUGUUGACCGAGGCCAUCAUGCAUGACUGCGUGGUGAAACUGCUGAAGAACCAUGAUGAGGAAAGUCUCGAGUGCCUCUGUAGGCUCCUCACGACCAUCGGCAAAGAUCUGGACUUCGAGAAGGCCAAGCCACGAAUGGAUCAGUACUUUAACCAGAUGGAAAAAAUAGUGAAGGAGAGGAAGACUUCAUCACGCAUUCGCUUUAUGCUCCAGGACGUAAUUGACCUGCGCCUGCACAACUGGGUAUCACGGAGAGCUGAUCUGGGGCCCAAAACCAUUGAGCAGAUCCACAAGGAGGCCAAAAUCGAGGAGCAGGAAGAGCAGAGGAAAGUUCACCAACAGCUGCUAUCCAAGGACAAGAGGAGACCAGUAAUUCCAAGAGAGGAGACCUGGAACACUGUGCCUGUGCCUAAAAACAGCAGAACAAUAGACCCCAACAAGAUCCCCAAAAUCACUAAGUCAACAAUAGAUGAUAAGAUUCAGUUGGGACCGUUGGGACGAGCACAGCUCAACUGGAUGAAGGGCAGCAGUGGAGGAGCUGGAGCCAAGGCCAGUGAAUCAGAUAUCUUGCGCCCCAGCAGCCUGAACCGUUACUCACCGCUUCAGCCCUCAGUUUCAGCCUCUGCCUCCACUCCAUCUGCCUCCCCUGACAUUGACUCUAGAGGAGGCCUGAGUCGUGGAAGCUCAGGACGCGAGCGCAGUGAUAAACCAUUGACUUUAGGUCCUUCGCGGUCUGGCCCUCUGUCUUUGGGCGGGCCAGGGAAGGAGGCCGCUGAGGAGCCUCUGCAAGAAGAAGUUCACAAGGACACGCACAUCCCCGACACACCCAAACUGCAGCCCAGUGCAGCUAGCAGAAGCAAACUGGAGCGCAGCCAAUCCAGGGAAUCUGUAAAACUUGAAGCAGUGCCAGGCCCUACUACAGACAAGCCUGCGUUAUCAGAGGAGGAGAUGGAGAAACGGUCCAAGUCCAUUAUUGACGAGUUUUUGCACAUUAAUGAUUACAAGGAGGCCAUGCAGUGCGUAGAGGAACUGGAACAGGCCACAAUGCUAUAUGUUUUUGUGCGGGUGGGUGUGGAGUCCACGCUGGAGAGGAGCCAGAUCACGCGCGACCAUAUGGGCCAGCUGUUCCAUCAGCUGCUGCAGGCUGGGAGCCUCUCCAAAUCUCAGUUCUUUAAAGGGUUUUCAGAAACCCUUGAGAUAGCAGAUGAUAUGGCCAUUGACAUUCCUCAUAUAUGGCUGUACUUAGCGGAGCUAGUUAAUCCUGUGCUCCGGGAAGGAGGAAUCUCUAUGAGAGAAUUAUUUAGUGAAUUUAGCAAACCAUUACUCCCUGUGGGAAGAGCUGGCAUAUUAUUUUCUGAAAUAUUGCACCUUCUAUGCAAACAAAUGAGCCAUAGGAAAGUGGGGGCCUUAUGGAGGGACUCUGGACUGAGCUGGGCUGAUUUCCUCCCUGAAACAGAGGACGUGCACAGCUUCAUUUCUGAGCAGAAACUAGACUUCACUCUUUCUGAUUGCUCGAGUCCACCCGACAUGGCCUCUACGAGAACACUCUCACCCGAAGAGCUGAACAAGCAACUUGAAAAACUUCUCCUGGAGGAUGUGGCUAGCGAUGAACAAAUCUUCGACUGGGUAGAGGCAAACCUAGAUGAGUCGGAAAUGAGUUCACCACCCUUCCUCAGAGCUCUGAUGACUGCUGUGUGUAAAGCAGCAGUCAAAUGGGAGAGCUCCUCCUGUAGAGUGGACACGGCCAUUAUCCAAAAGCGUUUGCCUGUAUUACACAAGUACCUUAACUCGGACACGGAGAGACAGUUGCAAGCACUUUAUGCACUUCAAGCUUUGAUAGUGAAACUGGACCAGCCUCCGAACUUGCUCCGUAUGUUCUUUGACUGUUUGUAUGAUGAGGACGUAAUAUCGGAGGACGCGUUCUACAAGUGGGAGGCCAGCAAAGACCCAGCUGAACAACAGGGCAAAGGGGUAGCGCUCAAAUCCGUGACGGCCUUCUUCACAUGGCUCCGAGAGGCUGAGGAGGAGUCAGAGGACAAUUGACGAAAGGGGAAAAAAGGACACGUUUGUGGGCGUGUGCUGAAAAAGACAAUAGUCGCUGAAAUAAUAACUGCAUCUUCUAAAAUGAAAUACAGGCAAACUUUAUGUAUCAAUGGGAAGAAUGGAGCGCACCAGUGCAAAUGGUACAGUUCACUGACAUAAAGCGACGUGAUGACUUACAAUUGCUGGAGCACUAAAAAAUACAUGUAUUAUUUAUAGUAAUAUUUCAUUUAAGUUUUUAAUUUCCUCUUUUGUUACUUUUUAAGGAAAAAAGACUUUAAUAAUACAUUUAUGUGCUAUAAUGAAACAGAAGCUCAGUUCAGACUCUAAUUUAUGAUUUUUCCCCCCCUUUUUCUUUUCUUUUUUUUUUUCUAUUUUAAAGACCUGCAGUUGUAUUUAACAUUUUGCAGAUGGUCAAAAUGAGGCAUUGGUGGAUAUAGAAAUAAAUGAAUGAAUAAAUAAAUAAAUAAUGUUAAUAAUGAUAUUGUUAAUAUAAUAACUGUUAAAGUUG